AGCAGACGCAGCAAAAUUCGGAGAAACAACCACAGCGGCUAUGUGCCACUGUGCUGAUGGCUUUGUGCCGAUCUUUUAUUCAUUUGAAUUCUCCGUUGCAGCGUAUAAAUACAGCUAACCUUCUCUUCCCAAACUGCCCUUCAAGAUUCCAGAAAUUCACUGCGCGCUCACUCCCAGCUCCAUUCUCUUCACUGUCAUCAUCAUCCAUGGAUAGCCCACCAGAAGGUUACCGAAGAAAUGUGGGAAUUUGUCUUAUUAACCCCUCUAAGAAGAUCUUUGCUGCUUCAAGGCUUGACAUACCAGAUGCUUGGCAAAUGCCUCAGGGUGGAAUUGAUGAAAGCGAGGAUCCCCGAAAUGCUGCCAUCAGGGAAUUAAGAGAAGAGACUGGUGUUACGUCAGCUGAUAUUGUUGCUGAGGUGCCAUAUUGGUUGACAUAUGAUUUCCCACCAGAUGUCAGGGAAAAACUCAAGCGGCAAUGGGGUUCAGACUGGAAGGGUCAAGCUCAGAAGUGGUUUCUUCUAAAAUUUACUGGAAAGGACGAAGAAGUCAAUCUUUUGGGUGAUGGGACUGAAAAAGCCGAGUUUGGACAAUGGUCAUGGAUGUCACCCCAAGAAAUAGUUGAUCAUGCAGUGGAUUUCAAGAAGCCUGUAUACCAGGAAGUUUUGAAGGUUUUCUCUCCACAUCUUCAGUAGAUAACUCAAGUUUUCUACAGAUAUUUCGGGUCUAGCAAUUUAGAUUGUAUCAGCGCCACCUAUCACUUAAACUGAUGCAUGCAGAAAAGGCCGGACCCUAUAGAUGUUGAUGCCUCCAGCAUUGACAACAUCUUCUGCAAACAAUGCACGUCUAUACUGAAAUAAUUCUCUUAAACUUGCAAUUUCUGGUUUUGUAAUCUUGAAUCAGGAUAAUACGAGGCAACUACUUGAAUACUAUACCGGCUUCUGCAUAGUGUUUGAAACUUGGUUGCUGUUUGAAAACUUA